AGUUGGGGAUGUGGCCGAGUAGGGGCCGGGGGCGGCCGCUGCCCGAGCGUAGCAGCUGCUGGAGGGAGGGGGCGAGGGGUACCCGGAGAGGAGCAGGAGAAGGAGGUGCGGGGCAGCGGGGCGCGGCUGGGACCCGGAGAGCCGCUGAGUGCGCGCUCCUGGCUGGCUCUGGGAAGUACGGGCUCCAAGCAGCUCCCCUUCUCUCGCCUGCCUCCCUCUCUCCCUCCCUCCCCUCUCUCCUCCCUCACCUCCUCCUCCUCUCUCCGCCCUCCCUGGACGUGGGCUGCCGGCUGGAGCCGGGAGGAACGGGACGCGGGACGGCAAGCCCCCCGCGGGAGGAGGGGCUGCGCCGAGGGCGGCUGCCCUGCGGCCGGAUGGCGCGCGCCUGGGAGGGGCGGCGGGCGGCGGGCGGAAGCGGCGGACCCCAGCCCCCGACGCCGCGUCGGCAGCUUAAAAUGACAGGACGCGAGAACUCGAGUGACAUCCGGGGGCAGCCCGCUCCGGGCCGGCGUUUUCAGGGCGCAGCUUCAAACCCACCUCCGACGCCGGGCCCUCGGAAACCUCUCCAGCGUCUCCGAACCCGCCGCCCCUGUUCAGACCCCUCUACAGCCCUUUUCAGACUGUCCUAGAAUUAUUUGUUUACCUGGCUGCUUCUCUUUACUCUUUUGGGAGAUCCUUUUUGGAAGACGAGACCGGGCCCUGUUUAUCUUUUGAAUCCCAUGGCUAUUUGAGUACGCUAUCUGGUAUACAGUAGGCGCUCAAUAAAUAGUUGUUGGCUGAGGGAAUAUUUCUCACUGCCAGACGAACUGGAGGCCAAGACAGAUGAUAUUCAGAGGGUCAAAGCCGCUGAAAGAAGGGAGACUCAGCGUUCUGGGACGUCAGCACACUAUGCUUGUUUACGCACCAACCUCGGAAGGAAGAACUGCCUGUUUCUGUUUCCUCCUCUGAAAUGGAAGUAGUUCUAUUUAUCUACCAGGAGUUUGCUAUUAGAGGAAAUUAUAGGUUGAUAGAUAAAACUAUAGCACCUGGCACCCAUUCGAACCCAGUUAAGUCUACCAUACCUGGGAGCUGACAUGAUUAAUUUCCACUUUCCCUGAGCCAAAGAGAACUUUUAGAAUAUUGUAUCAUUUAAGCUUUAAAACUUAGUGACUGCUACAAACACAUAAUUUAAAACUCCAAACAUCGGUAGAUUUCUCCCUCACUUCUCACUCCCAGGAAUUCUCUCUCACAGCACGCUGUUCCCUUCCAGCAUGGCGACAAUCACAACUUCUAAUUAUUAUUUGUUUGCUUCACUGUUUGUCUCCGCCCCCAACCCCCCCCAUCUCCUCCCCCACUAGACAUUCUUGACCCCAGACUGGUUUAAGUGCUCCUGGGAAUGGGAUGGGGGUGGCGGCGGAGUUGAAGAUAAGGCUUCUGCUUUUAGGGAAUUGAAAGUGGUGCUGUGGAGACAAGAUACCCCAAACAACUCCGCGGCAACGUCACCGCUGAUCCUGGUUCAGAUGGUAAAAGGCAAAGAAAAUAUUUGCUUUAAGAGCAUUUUGAAGAGGAAAAAAAAAAACAGUACUGAUACUUGGAUUUACAUAUUGGAUUUUUCUGGUGUUGGGGGGCGUCUGGAGAUUUUGAUAAAGAGAUUAUGUUGCUGUCAUAUUGUCAUUUCUCUCUACGGGGGAAAACAAAUGUCCCCCGGAUGAAAAUAAACCAAGAGUCUGUUUGAAAUUGCAACUGAAGUUCAGAAGAGGCAAGGGUACAGUUAUUCUUCCUUCAGUUAUAUAAGGAACCACGAGGGGGCGAUGUCUUUCUGAGCAACGGCCGAGUGGUGGUCUUGGGCCCCUGUGCUGACCAAUAAUGCCGGCACUUUGCCCUCCUUGGCCAUUCUUGCCUGUUCCUGAAUACACUCCACAGAAAGGCAUUGUCUUCGUGGAGCCUGGCCGAGGACCAAGAAAAAUAACAAUUGACCUAGUCCUUGAUAGUCCCCGUCAGACUCCACUUACAAGUAGGUGGAUGUUGGGUGGUCCUAGUGUGCUUGGAGAACCUCCCCUACCCCCAUCCAAGGAAAUGUGGCUUAAUCUCAAGCAGAGAACCUGAUUCCUUUGUCUUGAAGCCAAGUUGGCACCUUGUCCAUUGUUAAAAGUCAAAACCCUCUGGAAUAAAAAAUGAGAAUAAGUUCCAUGA